GCACUUGCAGGGGCUACUCCUUUACUUCGCACACGCGUCCCGUUCACGAGCGGCACGACCUGCUUGUGGAAAGGGAGCGUAUUUUAUAUACAUCGGCAUCCACUCCUACCGAUGUCCCAGACAGCCUUCGCUCGCGCAAACUGAACUUACAUAGGAUAAUAAACGAUUGGCUUCGACACCCAGUGCCAAUUGACUCGAAUCCAAGGUUCAUGCGCGCACAACUGCGGUUUUCUCGGCGGUGUGACGACGCCCAGAGCUCACUCGGCUCGGGCGGAAUUCGUUUUCUGAGCGUGGGCUCCGACGACAGACUCUCCACAAGACUCCGCAAGACUCCCGAGUACUCCGGGAUGCAGAGGCCCGGCAUGAAGUUGGUGAACGGGGUGCCCAUGCUGGACUUCCUCGCGGACAAGUGGAGCUGCGUGGAGCAGCUUCAGGCCCGCUCCGAUGACCUCGUCAUCGCCACAUACCCAAAGGCUGGCACCACGUGGAUGCAGGAGAUCGUGGAUCUGGUGAUAAACGCCACGGACUUGGCACACAACCGCCGCGCGACCAUCGAUGACCGCAUGAUCUUCAUGGAGUGGAGCUGCGGUCCCGGGGAACCGCCAGAGCUUCGUAGUGGUGUGGAGCUGCUCGAUGAAUUUCCGUCUCCUCGCGUCAUCAAGACCCACGUUCCCUACAAGCUCUUUCCCUCUUCGUUCUGGGCGAAGGACUGCAAAGUGAUCUACGUGGCUCGGAACGCCAAGGAUAACGCCGUCUCCUACUUCCACUUCGACCGCAUGAAUCGGCAGCAGCCGGAGCCCGGCUCCUGGGAGGAAUACCUCCCGCGCUUCGUGGCCGGAAGCGUGCCGUGGGGCUCCUGGUACGAUCACGUGACCGGCUGGUGGAACGCGAGAGAGAACCACCGGAUCCUCUACUUCUUCUAUGAAGACAUGAAGGAGAACCCCCUGCGGGAGGUGUCUCGGGUCGCCGACUUCAUCGAGCGGCCACUGUCGGAGCGGCAGCUGCAGGAGGUGGUGCGCCUCAGCUCGUUCUCGGUCAUGAAAAACAACCCCAUGAGCAACUACAGCCACCUGCCGCCCGCCCUCAUGGACCAGACCGUGUCGCCGUUCAUGCGCAAGGGGGAGGUGGGUGACUGGAAGAAUCACUUCUCUGCAUCGCAGCUGGAAGAGUUUGAGCAAGACUACAGCAAGAAGAUGCCCGCUGAUGGUCCGAGCUUCCGUGACACCCUACCCUGACAAACUCAGGAUCAACUCACGCCC